AUGGCAACAGAACAAUCCCUAUCGAUGACGGCAGCGCCUUCUACAUUGGCGGCCUUAGACGCAAGCAAGCUGCGGGUUAUUCGCAACCCAAAGCCAAUCGAGCUGCCCAGUCCCGAUAACCUGCAUUUUGGGAAGAAUGUCACCGACCAUAUGCUUCAGGUACAAUGGUCAGAGUCUGACGGUUGGCAUGAGCCUCAGAUUCUCCCGUACGGGAAUCUGAGCGUUGAUCCGACCGCCGGUGUCUUCAACUAUGCUUUUGAAGCAUUCGAAGGCAUGAAGGCAUACAAGGACGCACAGGGCCGACCACGACUGUUCAGACCAGAUGUGAAUAUUGCUCGUCUGAAUGAAUCCGCAGCACGCGUGGCACUCCCGACGUUCGAUUCUACCGAAUUUUUGACCCUUCUGUCUAAAUUCGUGGCGAUGGAGUCUCGGCACAUACCCUCUAUCCGAGGGUACUCACUCUACCUACGCCCAGUCCUAAUUGGUACCAACCCAAACCUGAGCGUCUCACCACCCACCACCGCGCUACUAUACGUCGUCGCAUCGCCUGUCGGCUCUUAUUUCAAGGAUGGAACAAAGAAUAUCACGUUGGAAGCAGUGAAUAGCUCUCAAUGGGUGCGUGCGUGGCCAGGUGGAAGUGGGUGCCACAAAGUGGGAGCCAAUUAUGCCCCCUGCAUGGUGGCGGAGGCGGAGGUCCGAAAACGGGGAUCAGAUCAAGUCCUUUGGCUCUUCGGGGAAGAUAACCUACUAACAGAAGCCGGUACGAUGAAUUUGUUCGUUGUUAUCCGAAGACCGGACGGGGAUCGUGAGCUCGUGACGCCGCCAUUGGAUGGAACAAUCUUGCCAGGUGUCAACCGGGAUUGUGUGCUAAGAUUGGCACGGGAGAGGUUGGAGGGACAUGGUUGGGUAGUCCGAGAGCGGAGUGUCUCUAUGAGAGAGUUGGAGGCUGCUAGUGUGGCGGGGAACUUGGAGGAGGUGUUUGGUACCGGAACUGCAGCGGUAGUCAGUCCAAUUGGAUCGAUUCGGUGGGAGGGACGUGUGAUUAGCUGCGAGCUGUCAUCCGUGCAGGAGGGUGUGGCGACGAGGAUGAGAAAGUGGAUCGAGGCUAGACAAUAUGGUGAAGAUGAGCAUGAGUGGAGUGUUUUGGUUGAUGGCCUUGACCUUGCCAAGAGGCCUGAGGCGAAACUUUGA